CAGCUACACUAUUCAUUCGCUGCUGGAAUAUCCUGUCAAUCCUUCUAUUCUAGGAGAAAUCUACAGACCACAAGUUCAGCAAAGAAUAGGGAAGACUAUAGAAUAGUCCAGGAACUUCCCUCUGACUGCAGUGACGAUGAGUAUAGUGACUACAGUGAUAAUGAGUGGCUGCCAGAGAACAAUAGAGACAUAGGAGAUGAGGAUGAUGAAGGAGAUGCAUAGAGUCAGGAUGCUGACAGUCAAGAUGAUGAGGGCAAGGAUGAUGAGGGACAGGAUGCAGAGGGAGAGGCAAAUGCAAUGGAGAAGUCUGUUGUCCAUCUUCUCCGAGAGGCCGCGGCGGCACUUGAAGAGAGGAGUCCAAGCCAAACUCCAGAUCGGCCGGUGACUGUGUCAGCUGCUGGCACACCGGCUCGUCAUGGAGAGAGUGGAACGCGAGCGGAGGUAUUAAGGCUUUUUAGGCCCUAUAAUCGGCCUCAAACUGCACCACGCUUGAUGCCAAAGACCACCAAAAAAACAUUCACGCACAGAUUCUUCUGCCUGGCUAACCGGCGGCAAGAAGUUGUUCCGGGGACAGCAGAAAAAUACGAAUUAGAGAAGGCAGGCCUGGGAGAAAGAAGACUAACAUUUUCUGAUAAAUUCUGCACUGCCACUGAAUUUACCAAUAUGUUACUGUCUCAUUACCCUGCUUUGCAUGACUGUGGGGGCUACCAGCUCCUUCGGAUAAGAGGUUCCUCACGGUCUCGAACACUAGCAGUAAUUGAUUGCCCCAGUAAUGGGUACACUCCCCAUUAUUUAUGCACGUCAGCCAACAUUGGCCAAGCUAUUAUAUAUGUGAGGCCACUACAGAAGGAUAUCAGUUUACAGAAUCUCACGCAGACACAGGAGGAUGAGUCACUAACUCAGUACAUGGUGACUUGUAUGUACUGUGGCCAGAAUUUCAUGAUGAACCACAUUCAAGACCAUGUUGAUGUCUGUGAAACCAUCUCAGGCCACUGCGUCAUCCUCAACCUCCACCCAUCCAGCAUCUCAGGCCACUGCUUCAUCCUCACCCUCCACCCAUCCAGCAUCUCAGGCCACUGCUUCAUCCUCACCCUCCACCCAUCCAGAAUCGCAGGCCACUGCUUCAUCCUCACCCUCCACCCAUCCAGCAUCUCAGGCCACUGUUUCAUCUUCACCCUCCACCCAUCCAGCAUCUCAGGCCACUGUUUCAUCCUCACACUCCACCCAUCCAGCAUCUCAGGCCACUGCUUCAUCCUCACACUCCACCCAUCCAGCAUCUCAGGCCACUGUUUCAUCUUCACACUCCACCCAUCCAGCAUCUCAGGCCACUGCUUCAUCCUCACCCUCCACCCAUCCAGCAUCUCAGGCUACUGCUUCUUCCACACCUUCUGA